ACCAAAUGCAGCCAAGUGCUCCCCUCUGUCCGACUUUACCUUGCUUGAGCUCUUGCUCGCAGCCGCGACAAUGUGUCGCUACCACAGCACUUCUUAUCACACCUACCAUUAUGUUAUAGUGCCAUAUCCGGCUCCUGCGCACCACCACCGACCAUAUCGUCACCGUAGUCCAGAUCGUCCAACCAUGUCGGCCUCGGAGCACCAUCACCGUCAGGCUGAGAGGCCACCUAGCCCAAUGGACGUCGAAGUACCAGAGGCACCAGUGGUCCCUCCGAGGCCGAGCGACUUCGAACGUUGGCUUCCGCGUCGCGGGCGCUCGAGGCCCUCCUCUCCGCCACACCCGCCCCCAGUAGUGCCGCCACAAGCCUCAGCAUCGAGGGUGGAGGAGCCAUCUCCAAUUCUGUUCUAUCACCGCCAUGAGCCGUACUUCGAGUUCACGAACUUUGCGCCCUACCCUAUCCACUGGCAUGGCCAUACAUAUCCCACUGCAGAACAUUUGUUCCAGGCGCACAAGUUCAUGACGACCAGACCAGACGUGGCGGAACACAUCCGCCACCUCCCCGGCCCACGCGAUGCGCUCGAAGAAGCCGGCCGCCUACGCAGGUUCCAACGCCCAGAUUGGUUCGACGUCAACGUCGGCAUCAUGGACCAAAUCCUUGAGGCAAAGUUCUUUCAGCACCCGAGGCUGAGAGACAUGCUCCUUGGAACAGGCAACAGCAUGCUCAUUGAGGACAGUCCGGUUGAUUCAUUUUGGGGAUGGGGUGCUGACAGCCAAGGGAGGAAUGAGCUCGGGAAGGCGCUCAUGCAGUUGCGCGACAGGCUACGGCAUGCGCAUGGUCACUUGUGAACUCGAGACGGCCUACAGCAUAGGCAGAGGUAGUAGAAGUACAUCUCGAGUGGUAGCCGAAUGGCCUUGGCGACGCGACCUCCUGAGAUCUACUAGAGGAUGUAUGCCUGGCGUGGAUCCUGCCCGCGUUCCUUUCCGGCCGAAUUUCCCUGCUGUAGCAUUAGCGGCAUCGUUGUGCAGUGUAUUUCUUGAUCGUGUAAACAUCUUUCCGUUUGUCACUGUUUCUCGACCGUGCAUCCUUGUCAGUCGUGUGCUUUUUGCAGCGCAUUCUCAGCGUAAAUGUCGAAGGCAUCUCAA